UUCAUUGUCAUUGUGGAAUUCCUUCAUCAAUGCAGCAGCGCACAAGUAGUACGGUUCGACCGAUGGAUUUUGUGUAAAUUCGACUUUCGCGACGACAGGAGGUGCUGCUUUCCAGUGCGUAUUAGCUUCCUGAAAACGGCAGCGGUGUGCAAUCAAAGAAACAAAAAUUUUCAACGAUAUGAAACCAGAACGAUCGAAUGUGCAAGUUUUUCUCUAGCCCCGCACUUUGGUUCGGUUGUGUAUCGGAAUUUUGCCAAUCUUUUCGAAAACAGAAGAUAGCUGCGGAAUUAAGUGAAAACUAACGAAAAAGAGCGUGUGCGUACGGGUUUUUUUCGGUAUAUGGUGUGUGUUUCCUAAUUUAGUUGAUUUAGGAUUAGUUUAAUGUUGCAAUCAAAUUGGUGAGUGAUUGUUCGAGAAAAAGGAUAAAACAGCGAGCCACCGAAAAUGUCCGAUAAAAUAAAAGUUGCGGUGCGGGUUCGACCGUUCAAUCGACGAGAGCUCGAACUUGCCACCGAGAAUGUGAUAGAAAUGAAUGGUUCACAAACGAUUUUGAAAUAUCCUGCCACACUAGAUAAAAUGGAGAGAAAACCGCCAAAAAUGUUCGCUUUCGAUCACUGCUUCUACUCGACCGACACAGAAGCUCCGCACUUCGCCUCCCAGCGGUUGGUUUUCGACCAGGUUGGCCGGGACAUUCUGGACAAUGCAUUCCAGGGUUAUAAUGCGUGCAUCUUCGCCUACGGCCAGACCGGAUCGGGCAAGUCGUACACGAUGAUGGGCAACCAGGAGAACAAGGGCAUCAUCCCGAGGCUGUGCGACGAGCUGUUCGCCUCCAUCGCGGCCAAACAGACCGACGAGCUGUCCUACAAGGUGGAGGUGUCCUACAUGGAGAUCUACAACGAGAAGGUGCACGACCUGCUGGACCCGAAAACGAGCAAACAAUCGCUCAAGGUGCGGGAACACAAUGUGCUCGGUCCGUACGUGGACGGGUUGUCCCAGCUGGCGGUUACAUCGUUCCUGGACAUCGACAAUCUGAUGGCUGAGGGUAACAAAUCGCGGACGGUUGCGGCGACCAACAUGAACUCCGAAUCGUCCCGAUCGCAUGCGGUCUUCACGGUGGUUCUUACACAGACCCUAAUCGAUACACUGUCCGGGGUGACGGGCGAAAAGGUGUCCCGUGUUUCGUUGGUCGAUUUGGCGGGCAGUGAGCGAGCUGUGAAAACCGGUGCCGUCGGAGAACGUCUUAAGGAAGGCUCGAACAUCAACAAAAGUUUAACGACUUUGGGUCUGGUGAUAUCGAAACUGGCCGAUCAGACCAGCGGGAGCAAGAAUCGGGACAAGUUUGUCCCGUAUCGAGACUCGGUGUUGACAUGGUUGCUGAAGGAUAAUCUCGGCGGUAAUUCGAAGACGGUGAUGUUGGCUACCCUGUCGCCGGCAGCGGAUAAUUAUGAGGAAACAUUGUCCACUUUGAGGUAUGCUGAUCGUGCGAAACGGAUCGUCAAUCAUGCCGUUGUCAAUGAAGAUCCGAAUGCCAGAAUUAUUCGUGAGUUGAGAAAGGAGGUGGAGACUUUGCGGGAGAUGUUGAAGCAUGCCACGGGUGGAAGUAUUGGCGACAUGAAACGAGUGGACAUUCACGAUAAGCUGGCCGAAAGUGAGAAUCUUAUGAAACAGAUAUCUCAAACGUGGGAGGAAAAACUCGAGAAGACGGAACAGAUUCAAAGUGAGCGCCAGCAGGCGUUGGAAAAGAUGGGAAUCAGUGUACAGGACAGUGGUAUUAAGGUGGAAAAGAACAAGUACUAUCUGGUUAACCUGAAUGCUGAUCCAUCGUUGAACGAACUGCUUGUGUACUAUUUGAAGGACGUCACCUUGAUCGGGGGUAGAAGCAACGACACCAACAAACAGCCCGACAUUCAACUGCUGGGAUUGGGCAUUCAACCGGAACACUGUUUAAUUACCAUUGAGGACGGAGAGCUGUUUAUGGAUCCGAUUGAAAGUGCUCGCUGCUGUGUGAAUGGUUCGGUGGUAACAGAAAAAACUCUUCUGAACCAUGGCGAUCGCAUCCUGUGGGGAAACCAUCAUUUCUUCCGAGUAAACUGUCCAAAGUCCAGCAUUAGCAACAACAACAUGCCCUCGGAACCUCAAACACCCGCUCAACACAUGGACUACUACUAUGCUCAAGAGGAACUGAUGCAGAACGAGUUCAGCAAUAAUCCGAUCCAAGCGGCAAUCUCUCGGUUGGAAAAACAACACGAGGAAGAUAAGCAGGUCGCCCUGGAAAAACAACGCAUCGAGUAUGAGAAACAGUUUCAGCAACUGCGCAACAUACUGUCCCCGACGACUCCGUACGCUCCGUACGCCCCGUACGAUCCAUUCCGUCUGAGCAAACUCCCUCCAAACACGCCAACCGCUCAACUCCGCGUAGAAAAGUGGGCCCAAGAGCGGGACGAAAUGUUCAAACGAUCUCUGGGACAGCUGAAAACCGACAUUGUUCGAGCGAACUCCCUGGUCCAGGAGGCGAACGUUCUUGCCGAAGAGAUGAACAAACAAACCAAGUUCAGUGUCACCCUGCAGAUCCCGCCGGCCAAUCUGAGUCCGAAUCGCAAGCGAGGUGCUUUCGUCAGUGAACCAGCGAUCCUGGUACGCCGCAUGAACUCCGGCAGCCAGAUUUGGAGCAUGGAAAAGUUGGAUAACAAACUGAUCGACAUGCGUGACAUGUAUCAGGAAUAUAAGGACAACAAUUUCACCGUUAUGGACGAAAACAAAAACAAAUCGGAUCCCUUCUAUGAGUCCCAGGAAAAUCACAACCUAAUCGGAGUGGCGAACAUCUUCCUGGAGGUGCUAUUCCACGACGUAACGCUGGACUAUCACACGCCGAUCAUCAGCCAGCAGGGCGAGGUAGCCGGCCGGUUGCAGUUGGAAAUCACUCGAGUGGCCGGCCAGUUUCCGCAGGAUCGUAUCAACGAGUCGGCUUCGGAAAGCUCGCAGAGUAGCCACGAGGAUGACGAUAUGUGCGAGACGCCCAGCAAUCAGGUGACCUGCCGGAUCAGCAUCAAGCAGGCCUCGGGGCUGCCGCUGUACUUGUCCAACUUUGUGUUCUGUCAGUAUUCGUUCUGGAACCAUGAUGUGGCGGUCGUUCCGGCGACCAAUCAGGAGGUGGCUGCACACAAUCAAAACAGCACGUUUAAAUUCGAUCACGAAGCGGAUUAUAUAGUGACGGUGAAUGAGGAAUUUCUGGAGCAUUGCGCCGAUGGCGCAUUGUCGAUUGAGGUUUGGGGUCACCGGUCGGUUGGAUUUUCGCGAGCAAAGGAUUGGGAGGUGGAACAGCAGCAGGCGAAGGCUCGCUCGCUGGCCGAUCGAUGGGCUGAGCUUUCGCGAAAGAUUGAGUUGUGGGUGGAAAUUCACGAGUUGAACGAUAAUGGCGAUUGGGCUGCGGUUGAUGUUCAAUGUUCGAAAGAUAUGUUAACCGGAGGAGUUUAUCAACUGCGUCAGGGAUUCCAGCGGCGCAUUUUGGUACGUGUUAAGCCCGUUCAAAAUUCCGGAACGCUGCCCAUUAUAUGUCAGUCGAUCAUAAACGUUUCGGUGGGAUGUGUGACCGUUCGUUCCAAGCUGCAGAAACCGAUGGAUUCCUACCAGGAGGAAGAUCUGAGUGUGCUGCGGGAAAAGUGGAGUGAAGCUUUGGGUCGCCGUCGGCAGUAUUUGGAUCAGCAAAUUCAGAAGCUGAUCAACAAGGAAGAUAAAACCGAGCAGGAAAAAGAACGCGAGCAAAGUUUGGUCAAUCAAUGGGUGUCACUGACGGAGGAACGGAAUGCCGUUCUUGUGCCAGCUCCUGGCUCGGGAAUCCCUGGUGCUCCGGCUUCGUGGGAUCCACCGCUGGGAAUGGAACCGCAUGUACCUGUCCUAUUUUUGGACCUAAACGCCGAUGAUUUGUCAACGCAGAGUGUCAACGACGAAGUCCCAAUUGCCGGUAUAAAUUCUAUUCUGCCAAAGGAACAUGGAAACAAGUUCUACAGUUUGCAAAUGAUACAACACUUGGAGAAGGAUAUUUGCGCCGUGUGCAGCUGGGAUUCGUCGAUACAUGACAGCCCCUCGUUGAACCGAAUGACCGAAGCAAACGAGCGCGUCUACUUGAUUUUGAAGACAACCGUUCGGUUGUCGCAUCCGGCACCGAUGGAUUUGGUACUGCGCAAACGGCUGGCGCUGAAUAUCUACAAGCGGCAGAGUUUCACCGAUCGGCUGAAGAAGCUGCGCAUCGGUCGUACCGAUUGCAGUUCGCUGCAGUCGGGCGUUACCUACGAGGUCGUUUCGAACAUUCCCAAAGCAUCCGAGGAACUGGAGGAUCGCGAAUCGUUGGCCCAAAUUGCAGCCACCGGGGAGGAUGUUUCCGCCAGCGAUGGAGAAACAUAUAUUGAAAAAUAUACCAAAGGAGUAUCGGCGGUGGAGAGCAUUCUCACGCUGGACCGCUUGCGGCAAAGUGUGGCUGUGAAGGAACUGGAACAGGUGCGAGGACCGACGCUGUCGAUGCGUAAAACUGCCAGCGUGCCGAACUUCACCCAGAUGAGAUUCUUUGAUGCUUCGCUUGAGUCUCUGAUGGGAAUCGGUCGCUCUGAGUCUUACGCUGACUUGAAGGUGGGAUUAAACACCGCUCAAAGCACCCGUGAAACAACAGUGAACCGGCAAAAGCUGAAGAGUCCUAGCAGCAGUGGAGAGGACACGAACAGCUCUUACGGACUAGCCUCGCCAGCGGCUAGCAAGCUAGCGCAGCGGAUGACCACGCUGCACGAGGAACCGCUAAUCAAACAAAUCUGCUACGAGGAGGAAGGUGAAGAUCGGUUCAGCGAACCGGAGUACUCCGAUUACGAUUAUUACGAGCCACCGAAGAAGUCCAACCUAUCCAAGAUGAAAUCCUCGUACACGGUGGAGUCGUUCAUCGAUAUCGACAAGCGGCCACGGCCGGAUCUGGGUGGAAAAUUCGUCGCCCAAGCCGGCGAGCGGACGGGUAAAACUGGAUCCGCCGCUGGCAGCAGUGGUAGCAGUGGAAAGAGCCAAACCGUUGCUGCCGGAACGCCAAGCAUGAGUUCGUCCACCUCCAGUGGUUACGGUUCGCAGGCGGUGUCCUGCAGUAAUCUGACGAAUGACGACACCUACUCCAUUCGGUCACUGAGCGUUGGAGAAAGUCCCGAAACCAUGUCACCGUCCAACACGCGAAACGAGCACACUCCUCCGAACGCAGAAAACCACUUCAGUACUGGCGGCGGCGGCACGGUCAUGAGUACAGAAUUCCCGAAACGGGUGAAUCCCUUCCUGAAGAACAUGAACAUGACCAGCUUCGACGAGAUGAACGGCAACCGCGGCGGUGAUCAUCUGCUGAUGGAUGACCAACAGCACGCGCUGCUGUUCAACAACAAUGCAAAACGUUCCAGCGAACCGGCCAUACUAUCGUCGCACAGCAGUGCCCAGGGCAUGAUUGACGAAGAGGAGGCUGACGAUAUGAUGGAUCACCGUGAAGACGAGGAGGAAGAGGUUGAUCGUGAUAGCGAUCGCCAGCGGCGAAGUUCCGCCGAACCGGAGGAAGAUCGGGUUGGUCAGGAUAGUGAGCGCACUGCGGUUACGCCGGCACCGGUUAAUCAUGAGGAUACUGUGGACGAGGAGAAUAAUUCUUCCCGCUUGAUGACGGAAACGGAUGUAAUGGAGAACAGCUUUUCGACGCCAAGCAAGCACGAAAACAUUCCCGAUUGGGUGGUGGUUGGUGAGUCGGUUCAAAUUCGACCGUACAACACGAGUGGCGUGAUAGCGUUUAUUGGAGAUACACAUUUUCAGGCUGGAACGUGGAUUGGGGUGGAGCUUGAUACACCUACGGGAAAAAAUGAUGGCACGGUGCAAGGUAUACAGUACUUUAGCUGUAAGCCAAAGCACGGGAUCUUUGUUCGUGUAGAUAAACUCAUCCUGGAUAAGCGAGGUCGUGCAAUACGAGAAAUAAAGAAAGCGGAGAAAAUGAAAGCGGAACUUGCCAAUCAGAAGGGUAAACCGGUCAGUGCGAAUGGGCCGCGCAAAUGAUACGGAUUCAACCGGGGUCUUAGCACCACCAUCAUGGGCAGCGGAACCUAUUCCGCUGCGCCGGUGCUGAGACCGAUGCCGAGGAAACGCUUCGUACCGAAGUCCGCUUCUGUGGCUGCCUUCGGCCGAAGCAAGUAAAGUGAGUGGGUAACAAAUGGCAAUUGCACUAUUCAGCUCAUCAAAACAAAAAAAAGUACCAGCAUGCGGAGAUUCCAUUAUUAAUCCCCGAUAUAGUACCUUGUUUUAUUUUGUGAUUAUUUUUACAAAGUGAUAUGUAGAGGAAAGAAACACACACACUCAAUGCGGUAGGUAUGCCAAUGCUACCCUAUUUCUGAGCAAUGGAAAAGAUAAUAAUUAUGUAUCGGAUUGUUUGUAUUAUUUAUGCAAUUUUACGGUGUGUGACAACAGUAAAAGAACACUGGCUUUUUCUUGGCACACAGAAAAAACAAAGCAAAAUUAAAACCUAAAUCAUAAACUUAUCGAAUAAGUGUUUGCAAGUUUACGCUAGAUAGACGACAGGUCAGAAGAGCAAAUGUUACGAUCCAAAAUGAUAUAAAAAAUCAACCAGUUCUGUCCAAAAUCAUUUGAAGAAACAAAGCUCUUACGAUAUAAUUAUUACCAUCUACUGUAUACAUAAAAACAAGCACAGUCAAAGCGAGUGUGCAGAUCUUAGAUUUUCAGCGGGGACAAAAUUAUAUAAACUAUUAUAUUAUGUAACUGCUAAGAGAAUCAACUUCGUAGCCAAAAUUAGAGGAGCGGGAAAUUACGAACCGGGGUUCAAAGAUUGAGAUAAGCAUUAUAAAUAUUUAUAUUUAUACACGCAUAUUUAAACCAAGUAACAAGUACGUUAUAUGACAAGUUUUAUUCUAAUCCUUUGCUAUCAGGAAGCAUUUUCAAUCUCUUUCGUCUGUACAUCUAUACAAAGAAAAAGAACAACUUUUACUAACAACCGAACCAGUAAAACCCCCCUUUUUCCCUCCCAAAAAAAACACUUGUUGAUUGAGAACUAACCUCUGAAAAGACGACAAAAAAACACACUCGCGCCACAGAGACAAACGGAAACGUAAAGUGCAGCAGUGCGAAUCCUCUUCUAGUGUGUAACAGAAUAAUCCAAAAUCUAGCAACCAAGAAAAUAUUGUAUAGAUAAGAAGCAGCUUGUCGUCGGACGAAAUUAGGAGAUAAUAGGGCACCCCCCCGCAAAAAAACUAGAAGCUAAAUAUCCUAGAUGCUAUUCGAUGUGAUGCAGCAAAAAAAAAAAACUAACAAACAGAAAAUGUCCACAAAUUUUUGAGAAAACCAAACAUUGAUUCCAUCCCUCUAUUAGUUUUCGAUUUAUGCUUUUACAUCGAAAUAAUUGACUUAUUUGGCGCAGGCGAUUUUCCAACCGUGCAAGGUGGAAAGUCCAUCUGAUUAGGUAACAACACAAUACUAAGUGAAGUUCAUAAGUUACACGAAAACAAAAGAUAUCAUUAGCUGGUAGGAACUGUAAAUUAUUUGUCCCCUCCCUCCAUUUUUCGGUAGUGAAAUGUUGAAAACAAAUUUUUCGAAGUAUUGUUUUUGAUUCUCCCAGCCAGUGGGUGGUGGAAAGGAAAAGUUUGUUAAUAUCGUGUAAUACCGUGUAGUUGAGAUUUGAGUGAGAAAAUUAAACAGCAACAAGUAAAAACAAAAUAAGAAAUGCUAAACCUAGCCUGUGAGACCGAGGAACGUAACCAGAAAGGUAACAGCAUUAAACCAAGCACGUCCAUUUUUCCCCUUGAAACUAUUCGACGAAAAGGAAAGAAGUAAAGAAACAAGCAAACAAACAAAAAAAAACGUAAAUAAUCUUCAAAUUUCUCAGUGUUUUAUAGGCAGUAAAAUUGUAAAACCUAUCGGGCGCUAACUUAGAGCAACCAAACAAAGGAAGGUGGGUAGUUGAGCUGUUUAAAAAAAACAUACCUAUGUGUUAAGCAAAACGAAUAGAGAGAAAACAAUAGAGUUGGACAACGUGUUGUAUAGUGAUAAAAUUAGGGUACCGUUUAGGCACAGCGUAGAUUUCGACGGAGACAUCCGGCUAUUCAGCAAUGCUAAAUUAUUACGAAAUUCAUUCCAGAUUUUGAUUGCAAAGUGAUUUCUAGUCGAAGGAUUUGUGAAGGGUGCGAUUAGUCGGACAAUGGUUCAAAUACUGAACGGACACAGGAAAGUAAAUUGUACAAUUUAUUUCAGGAACAAUUUUUACAAGUAACAAACAUCAGUCUUUCCUGUGCCGGUCUUCACAAUGACGUUUCCUCUUCGCAAAAUACGAAUAUGCUUUCUGCACAAUCGACUCCAGCAAUUCAAAGCCUGCUGUGACUGCUACGCCCAAGUGCGUACCGGUUGUUAGCGCGUAUCGAAUCAAGAUAAAUAAUACAUAUAGGUAUGAUAAUAUGAUUGUAAACCAUUCCCCAGAAACCCACACCCCAGGAUUCUACUCCCCAGAAAAUCAAUCCUUCGAAUGUACCAUUGCCCCAAAACGUUCAAUGGUAUUUCCAAUAGCCCGAACUUUACCACAUACCUGAAUGUAACACUAGCGGAUGGAACUUUCUAUAAACAGCCGCCGAUUGUUAAUUUCAAACUGUAAAUCAUUAUGAGGGCUAAACGAUUGUCUGUAACUAGAGGUCAGUAAACCUAGUGUUCAAGCUGUCGCAAAGUAAUGAUUUGCGAGUUAUGAAAUGGAGUAAUUCGGCCUAGUCAACUGUUGUCCUUACUCACUGUCGCUCAUUCUAACUUUUACGAAUUUAAGAGCCACGUGACCACGUUUGUCAGUCUUGGGCUGCCGCUCUCCAAUCGUCCAUAAUACCCGCUGCUCUAGCAUCCUCGUCCAAUGGGUAUGGGGCGUGCCUCGAAGUCGUCGAGUUCUCUGCUGGAUAUUGUUUCCGCUGGUCUCUUAUCCGGCAUCCAAUGCAAUGUUUAACAGCACAUUCGAUAACCGGUCACCUUGCUUCAAACCAUCUUUCCUCUCAAACGAGUCUGUAGCCUCGCCCAAGGGUAGCACCUAGCACGUAAUCAUUGUAAUUGUUGGAAAACUAUGCUCAAGUAUAAUUCGCCACAGCUGAUUUCAUUUAACUUAAUCGUACGCCACCUUGAAGUCUAUAAACAAAUAAUGAGUCUCCAAGGAAUUUGGCAAAUCGCACUAUAGUCUAUGAAACAGGAUGCGGGAGAGAAUUUUGUAUGCAGAACUGAGGAGCUCCGAUAAUCACUACAUUCCAGUCGAUAGUUUUUUUUUGCAAAAAGGGCAUAUGAGACCUUCCAACCAGUGCGUAGGUAGUUCCUCCUCAGAAUACGGGUGUUUCAAGGUAUGCUUCAGAAUCUUUCGUAGCGCGUAAUAGGUACUACAGGUAGCCAUUCCUCAGGCUGCAGUGAAGUUGAUUAGCCUCAGACACCAUUCUAGUUUUCGGUGGGAUUCUUUAAUCGGA